AUGCCCGUCAACAUUCUCGCCCAAGUCUUCUCAGAGGGCUUGGACUCUAUUCCCUAUGGCUGGACCGUCACAAAAAUCGCCUCUGUCUUCGCUGUGCUUUACGCGCUAAAAUGGUUCUUCAAUGGCGCAAAGAAUGGAUCAGAACGGAAUAUGCACUCGAAGGUGAUCCUAGUUACUGGAGGGACAGCCGGAAUUGGUGCCGAGGUAGUCAGAGGACUUGCGGAUCGUGGUGCACAAAUCGUCCUCCUCGUACGGCAGCCGCUCUCCGACCCCUUCUUGGUGGACUACAUUGAAGACCUACGGACCCAGACGAACAACGAGCUCAUUACUGCGGAAUAUGUUGACCUCGAGUCUUUGCAUAGCAUUCGCCAAUUUGCUACGAAAUGGGUUGAUAACGCGCCGCCGCGCCGAUUGGACAUGAUCGUGCUUUGCGCGAGCACUAUGACACCGCCUGGAGUCAAGGCCACGGCUACUGAAGAUGGCCUAGAGUCGACGUGGGGUGUAAACUACAUGGCCAAUUUUCAUCUACUGAGCAUACUCAGUCCUGCGUUGCGCGCUCAGCCGCCGGAUAGAGACGUGCGAAUCAUAUUCGGUACCUGCGCUUCAUACAUGGCUGGAAAGAUACCAGAAUCCUUUAACAAUUCUGGCAAACCAAACACGAAGAAAAGCGCAAAGACUGAACCCGGGCAGCUCGACCUUGCGCCGUCUGCGAUAUAUGCUACCUCCAAGCUGGCGCUCAUGACUUUCGCUGUUGCUUUCCAAAAGCAUCUCUCCAACUAUGCGCGCCCUGAUAAGAAGCCAAUGAAUGCCCGUGUAAUCAUGGUUGAUCCGGGUUGGACUCGUACACCUGGCAUGCGCCGGUAUCUCACCUUUGGAUCUUUAUGGGGUUUGGCCGUGUAUCUAAUAAUGUGGCCAAUCUGGUGGCUAGUACUGAAGAGCGGGGACGCGGGUGCGCAAACCUUCUUGUACGCUGCCAUGGAAGCACGCUGGGGGCGAGGGGACGGCAAAUACUUCCUGAAGGAGUGUAGGCAAGUCAAAUGGUCGAGGCCUGAGAUUGACGAUGAAGAUCUACAAAAGAAACUAUGGGAGAGCAGCGAGAAGACGAUUGAGCUGCUAGAGAAGGAAAGUGCGAAGAGGAGGGCCAUGGAAAAGAAGGAGAAGGAAAAGAGCGAAGGCACCAGCACUGCGAAAGAAGCGAAUAGGACGGCGAGGUCUAGUGGUAAAAAAUGA